UCAAACAACAAGAUUAUGGAGUGCAUUAACGUCAAUCAACUAGAAAUGAACACAGUUAGCCUCGAUCAACAAGAAAACCUCAGUGAAGACGAGAAUACUUCAUCUGCUGCAUCAGACAAAGAGAAAGAUGAAGAGAAAGAUGAAGAGAAAGACGAAGAGAAGGAUGAAGAGAAUGAUGAGGUUCCAGAUAAUAAACGGAGGGGAUCAAUCGUACAACUCCUUGAGAGAAAACAAGAACUGUUUCAUAAUUUCGUAGAGAAUACAACUCUUCACGGGAUUAAGUAUGUGACCAACCCGGUCCAUAGCAAGACAAGACGGUUGAUCUGGACAAUUCUGUUUGUUGCAAUUGUUUGCUUGGUGACUAUGGCGAUUCUGUCGCACAUAGGCGACUAUUUCAAGUAUUCCACAAACACGGUCAUGUCAUUUAACACACCAAGAGACACAGAGUUUCCUAAAGUCAUCAUUUGCAACUGUAACGCAGUCAAGAGAUCUGCACUGAACACAACAUUAGCCGAGCUAUACGAACAGACGGUUGUGACUGCUGGACCCCGAUCACUGGCAAGUUCAAAGAGUGCAUCCCCAACCAUCCAACAAGAACCCAACGAUCUAGAUGCAGACAUCAAUGGUGUCGACUUGGAAUAUAUUGGAAGGGCAAUUGCACACAACAUGGACACCAUGCUGUUGAAUUGCUAUUGGGGAGGAGGGCAGAACUGUUCUGCUGAUAACUUCACACAAGUUUGGACGGAUGUUGGAGUGUGUUAUGCAUUCAAUGGGCUAGAUACAGCGGUAGAAGGGAGUGGUUUGAGAAGCACUGCACCUGGAGGCUAUGGUGGACUGUGGAUGCAACUUAAUGUUGAGAAGUCAGAGUACACGGAAGAUAACGAUUUCGGGAGUUGUUUCAAGGUCGCCAUAGAGCCACGAGGAAAUACGAAUCUGAUAAAGAAUCUGGCCAUUGCUGUAGCACCGGGUGAUCAUACAAUUAUUAGCCUCAAGAAAUAUUGGAGAACAAGCUUGCAGUCUCCCUAUGAUAGCAACUGCAGCAAGACUCGCUUGCAAUACUUCCCACAUCUGAACUACUCCACCAGUGCUUGUAUGAUGGAAUGCAUAACCAAUGCAUCAAUGGCCAAGUGCGGUUGUAUAACUCCAUACAUGUCGGCAUCUUCAGGGUUCCCAUACUGCAACUUACGAAGGUUGCAGUGCGCCACCAAUUAUGAUUUAGCGUCGUAUUGCGAAUGUAAUACACCAUGCCAUGAAGAGGUAUAUCGGUCACGAAUUAGCUAUGCAAGAGCAACCUAUACAUCACACACCGAAUUACACCAGCAUCUCAAUUGGACUAAGGAAGAAGAAAAAGAAAACGUAGUUGAGAUUUCCAUAUAUUUUGAGGAUUUUCGAGAGGAGACGUCCAGUCAAAAGGAAGUUCUGAGCGUAUUCGGUCUCAUGAGUUCAAUUGGUGGCGAAAUGGGCCUGCUACUCGGUGGAAGCGUCAUAACUGUCUUUGAAUUCAUCGACUUUUUCGUAGCUGGACAAGCCUUGCGAUGUAAGUGGAUAAAAAGAAAACUCGGAGAUUUUGGGAAGAAGAAAAAACAUGCUUCGGUCGAGUGACUGCUGA